AUGGAACAACGCCGUACCCCUUCCCUCUCUAGCUCUUAAGCUCACUUCUUCACAUUUUCUUUCACAGUUCUGUGUAUUUAUUCAUUCCUUUUCUAUCUCUCUCGCUCUCCAUUCUUUUAUACCCAGUGGUCUCAUUUAUCAAUGCGGGUAACUCCAAGAAACAGAGGAUAAACCAGUGCCUGUGUAUUUGGACGAAACGCUGUCGUCUUGUGUGCAAUGUGCUUUGCUGCUAAGCUUUUAUAGCUGGUCACCUCUGCGGCUCUGCUUCUUCUCUUCAAACCCAGUAUAGUACCCAGUAAAGACUACUCUUUUUCUAUUUUUGGGUGCUGAAAAAUGGUGGGAGCUCCGCUUGGAAGCCUUGUUCUUGCGGGUUUCUUGGUGAUUUUGAGCUUAUCGUCUGUUGAGUCAAAUGACGGGACUACGUUAAUGGAGAUUAAGAAUGCUUUUAAGGAUGUGGAUAAUGUGUUGUAUGAUUGGACGGACUCACCUUCUUCGGAUUACUGUAGUUGGAGAGGUGUAAGCUGUGACAAUGUCACCUUCAGCGUUCUAGCACUAAAUCUCUCGGGGUUAAAUCUUGAUGGAGAGUUGUCUCCGGCAAUAGGGCAGCUUAAAGGCCUACUGUCUCUAGAUUUGAAGCAAAACCGUCUCUCUGGACAAAUCCCUGACGAAAUUGGAGACUGCUCAUCUUUGAAGAGUUUGGACCUAUCCUACAAUGAGCUAUAUGGUGAUAUUCCCUUCUCAAUCUCAAAGCUAAAGCAGUUAGAAAGCUUGGUUUUGAAGAAUAACCAGUUGAUCGGCCCAAUUCCUUCAACGUUGUCUCAGAUCCCAAACUUGAAAAUUCUGGACCUAGCACAGAAUAAGCUAAGUGGAGAAAUACCAAGGCUGAUAUAUUGGAAUGAAGUUUUACAAUAUCUGGGACUACGGGGAAACAACUUGGUUGGUACUCUUUCUCCUGAUAUGUGCCAGCUAACAGGCCUGUGGUACUUUGAUGUACGAAAUAAUAGUUUGACUGGUUCAAUCCCUCAGAGCAUUGGCAAUUGCACUGCCUUCCAAGUUCUGGAUUUAUCCUACAACAAGUUAUCUGGUGAGAUACCGUACAACAUUGGCUUCCUACAAGUAGCAACUUUAUCUUUGCAAGGUAAUAUACUAACAGGGCAAAUCCCCUCGGUCAUUGGGUUGAUGCAGGCUCUUGCAGUUUUGGAUCUAAGUUGCAACAUGUUUAGUGGUUCCAUUCCUCCAAUCUUGGGUAACUUGACUUACACUGAAAAAUUGUAUCUGCAUGGAAACAAAUUAACAGGGUCCAUUCCUCCCGAGCUUGGGAAUAUGUCGAAUCUCCACUAUCUGGAAUUAAACAACAAUAAACUUUCUGGCCAUAUACCACCAGAACUUGGGAGGCUCACAGAACUGUUUGAUUUAAAUGUAGCAAACAACCUUCUUGAUGGCUCCAUACCCGAUAAUCUCAGCUCCUGUAAAAAUCUUAACAGCCUCAAUGUUCAUGGAAACAAAUUGAAUGGGACAAUACCACAUGCAUUUCAGAAGCUGGAAACCAUGACCUAUCUGAAUCUAUCCUCCAAUAGCAUAAAUGGUCCCAUACCGAUUGAGCUUUCCCGUAUUGGGAACCUUGAUACACUGGACCUUUCAGAUAAUGAGAUCAGUGGUUCAAUUCCUUCUUCCCUUGGCGAUCUGGAACAUCUUCUGAAAUUGAACUUGAGUAAGAAUGAUAUCACUGGACAAAUACCGGGUGAAUUUGGAAAUUUGAGAAACAUCAUGGAAAUUGAUAUUUCAAGCAAUCACCUUUCUGGUAUAAUACCUCAAGAACUCAACCAACUUCAGUAUCUCUUCUUGCUGAGAAUAGAAAACAACAACUUAUCAGGUGAUGUGAUGUCAUUGUCAAAUUUCCCAGCUCUUAGUGUUUUAAAUGUCUCAUACAACAAUUUAGCUGGGAAUAUACCAACGGGGAACAACUUCUCAAGGUUUUCACCUGAUAGUUUUAUUGGAAAUCCGAGUCUAUGCGGAUAUUGGCUAAAGUCUUGUCAAGAACCUCAUCAGAGAGAGCGAGCCAUGAUCUCUAAAAGAACUAUCCUUGGUAUUUCCUUUGGCGCCCUCGCUAUUCUCUUGAUGAUCUUAGUGGCAGCAUGCAGGCCACACCGUCAAGCACGAAUGGAAGACUCUAUUGAUAAACCAGUUUAUUACUCGUCCCCGAAGCUGGUUGUUCUACAUAUGAAUAUGGCACUUCAUGUUUAUGAUGACAUUAUGAGAGUGACAGAAAACCUGAAUGAGAAGUACAUAAUUGGUUAUGGAGCUUCAAGCACUGUGUAUAAAUGCAUGCUUAAGAACUGUAGACCGGUUGCAGUUAAGAAACUGUACUCUCACCAACCUCAGAGCCUAAAAGAAUUUGAGACAGAGCUCGAGACAGUUGGGAGCAUAAAACAUCGUAACCUGGUUUGCCUGCAAGGGUAUUCCCUCUCUGCAGCUGGCCAUCUUCUCUUUUAUGACUACAUGGAAAAUGGCAGCCUCUGGGAUUUGCUACACGGGCCUACUAAAAAGAAGAAGCUUGAUUGGGCCACUCGUCUAAACAUAGCUUUAGGUGCAGCAGAAGGGCUUGCAUAUCUUCAUCAUGAUUGUGACCCUCGUAUAAUCCAUAGGGAUGUUAAAUCAUCUAAUAUUUUGCUAGACAAUGAUUUUGAGGCUCAUCUCACGGAUUUUGGGAUUGCAAAAUUUUUAUGCCCAUCCAAGUCCUACACUUCGACCUACGUAAUGGGAACAAUUGGUUAUAUUGAUCCUGAGUAUGCACGCACUUCCCGUCUCACUGAGAAGUCGGAUGUAUACAGCUACGGAAUUGUACUGCUUGAAUUGAUGACAGGAAGGAAAGCUGUAGAUAAUGAAUCCAACCUCCAUCAGUUGAUCCUAACAAAGGCUGCGACCAAUUCAGUGAUGGAAACUGUGGCUCCCGAAUUAUCAGAAACAUGCAAGGACCCUGGAGACAUUAAGAAGGUUUUCCAGCUGGCCCUUCUGUGCACCAAGAGGCAGCCAUUUGAAAGGCCAACAAUGCACGAAGUCGCUCGUGUACUCGAGAGCCUAAUUCACCCGACAGAACCGAAGAAGUGUUUGAGCUCAACCACAGUGCUGCCGGCACAAUGCUACAAGGACGAGUACGCUAAUCUCAAGAACAACCCCCACUUGGUAAACUAUUCCUCCAUGAGCACAGCAGAUGCUCAAUUGUUCCUCAAGUUUGGAGAGGUGAUAUCCCAGAACAGCACUUGAAUACUGAAUAGAGUGAAUUCUGAUCACCUAAUCAAUGCUGUAAGUUUUGUGUAAAGUAGUUGUUUGCAUGCCAGUAUGUUAGCCCUCCAUUAGAACAUGGAGAUUUAGUGUAAUUUUGGAUAUUUUCUCUUGACUUGUGAGGUAGUUGACAAGAUGAAUGAUUGCAUUAACUUAUUAUUGUACUUCGUAUAUAGCUUUAAUGGCUGGAGGACCACAUAUUACUUAUUAUGUUGACAGCAACUACUGUGCCCUUUUUUGGGUGGUGCAGAUUCAUAAUGAGUUUUGGUAAGGGAGUGAUUCCGCUUCUUUUAACUGGGUUUAGUCCGAUAUGUGGUCCAAACUCCAAACAUGUGCAAUGAUUUACUACCAAGUAUAAACUAUUGACCAGUGUAUAAACUAUAAACUAUAAAGUAAGUUUUCUACCUAA